AUGAGUUUUACCUCCAUCUUGUCGCUGGGCGACCAGUUCAGCAACCCGGACAGGGACUGGGUUGUGUUGGCAACUUCCGCGACUAUCCGCGCCCACGUGUUGCGUCAGCACCUCAACAUUCAAAACCUGCUGUUGCUCACCUCCGGCUUCGCGGAGGAUUUGGACAAGUCGGAAUUCGAGGACGUGGGAGACUACGCUCGCGCAACCGCUGACGGCAAGGCUCGCGCCGUUGCCCAGCGCGUAUUUGGCGCCUCAACGCCCGAAGAGGUCAAGGCAGUGCUGGAAGACCUCAAAAAUCCGUUCGGGAGCGUGCCGACGGGAUUCGACAUCAGCAAGGUCAGGUUCGUUAUCGGCGCCGACACUGUGUGCUCGUGCGCCGGCGAGAUCUUCGAGAAGCCCGCCAACAUUGACGAGGCGCGUAAGCAGUUCACUGCGUACCAGAAUGCCUACCCCGAGAUGAUUACCGGUGUGAGCGCGUACGCACGCGAAAAAGGCCACGACGAGCCCAUCUUUUCCUUCUACGAAAGCACCGUGCUCCGCUUCCAGCGCAUGACGCCCGAGGAUAUCGAGGCGUACCUACGGACGAAUGAGUUUGUAGGCACCGCAGGGUCGUGCAGGAUUACCGGGUUCGCCGAGUCCCUAAUUGAGUGGAUGGACGGCAGCUAUACCACGUCGGUUGGCAUGCCCGCUCAAAAGGUGUCCAGGAAUCUGUGCCGUUACUUGACUGGCUUCGUGAUAGAGGGCGAGGACGAAGAGUUCUUCGAGGACGAUGACCUAGAAUGUGAAGUGGAAAACACCGUCGAUGAGGAAGUAAAAGGAGACGCUGCGACUAAGUAG